CUUCGCGACAUGCCGCAAUACGGUCCAUGCGUUCCUAGCGAAGAUGGCGUCCCUAGCGUCGAGGUUUCGGACUUGCAAGUUUAGGGGAAAAUUUUAGCAUAUAACUCAAUAUUUCUGCAUCUUAGGACCGAGUUCAACAUUUCAGCAAUAUGCCUAUAAUCAAAGAUCUUGAGGGAUCUACUGAAGGCUGGGACAGGUCUGAGACCAGCAAUGGAAUCCCGUAUUACGUCAAUCACCAGACAGAGAGGACACAAUGGGACCAUCCACUGCUGGCAGAGACUCUGGAACAGCUGGAUGGGCUGAACGACAUCAAGUAUGCUGCCUACAGAAUGGCCAUGAAACUACGAGCCGUACAGAAAAUAUGUGACUUGCACUUUGUAGACCUGAAGACGGUAGUGUCCGUCUUCGAGCGCCAUAAUCUCCGCGGCCAUCGGGACUCCGUCGUGGACGUCAUGGACCUGUAUGACAUCAUCAGCGACAUCUUCGUCAUGUCCAACAAGGAUAGGCCUGACUUCAUCGACAUUGAACUUGCCAGCGAUCUGACCCUGAACUGGAUCCUCAAUGUCUAUGACACGAACAGAACUGGCUGUAUCCGUGUCCCUUCUGUUAAGGUUGGGCUGGUGGUCCUGUGUUCUGGUCUACUGUCAGAAAAAUACACAUACCUGUUCCAGCUGUUCUCUGACCACAGUGGCAUGAUGAGCAGGAAGAGUCUGUCAGGUCUGCUGCAGGACAUGCUACAGAUGACAGAUCAGCUGUAUGAGAGGCCGUCCUUCGGCAGUGUGUCUGCUGGUGUAGCCAGCUGUUUGGAAGGGACGUUAGGAACCGGAGUAACAGAAGACCACUUCCUGCAGUGGCUGAUGGCUGAACCCCAGACAGUGGUGUGGCUCCCCACCCUACACAGGGUGGCGUCAGCAGAGAGUGUCAAACAUCAGGCCAAGUGUAACAUCUGUAAAGUCUGCCCUAUCCUUGGGUUCAGGUACCGGUGCCUGAAGUGCUAUAACUACGACCUGUGUCAGAACUGUUUCUUCGUGGGUCGGAGUUCAAGGUCACACAAACUCAGCCAUCCCAUCCAGGAGUACUGUACACAGACGUCGUCUAAAGAAGACGCCAAGGCCUUUGCCCGUACAGUCAGGAACAACGUUACCAAGAGGUACAAGAAGAAGAAAAACAAGUCCAACUUCCUACCUGUACAUGGAUACAGGGAGGAUGACACUGACAGCUUGGCCGAUACCCAGAGUGAGGCUGACAUGCAUGGCAUGCUGGGAAGACUGGCCACGCGACUAGCGGACAUGGAGAGUUCGUUGCCCCCGACGAAGGUGUCCCGGCCUCAGCAGACGUCUCCCAAACUCAUGCAGAGGCAAAGGCCGAGCCCCCCGGAGCAGGUGGUGGUGAACCUCGCUCCCGAGGAGCGCCUGGAACUGGAGGACAUCAUCCACGACCUUGAGGCGGAGAAGGACGACCUUCUGGACGACAUAAACGAGAUGAGGACCCAGCGCUCAGAGGCGGGGUCAGUCAUACAGGAUGAGCAGGAGAGGCUACAGGCACAGGUGGAGGUGUUGGAGUCUCACAACAGACAGCUGGAACUACAGCUGGAGAAGUACAGACUCAGGGUACAGAUGCAGGAGAGAAGUCCAGCAGCCCUCCCUCCCCCUCCCCAACCCCAGGUCCUCUCCCCUCCAUACCAACUACAGCCCCCUCUCUCCCUACCAUCCCUUCCCCCUCCCCCCAUGUACAACUACCCCACCCCCUCCUUCCAUUCCCCUCCCCACCCCCCUCAGCAGUACCCCUCCCCUAUCCGCCCCCCUCCCCCUCAGUAUCAGUCCACCCCAGGUCAAAGGCCGUACUGGCGGCCUCCAGAUAUCUCCCAGCAGCCUUUGGGAGAGGAGGAAGAGUACCAGGAUGAGGAAGCCGACCAAUCAGAAGACAUGUAUCAAGAUGAUGAUGAUGAUGAUGGAGCGUACCCCCUGGGUCCGGAGGCGACGUACCUGCCGGACGCGUCUCACCGCUUUCCUUCUGAGGAGGCAGAACUUGAGGACCUCGUCUCGAGGGUCAAGGAUGCCUUUCCCAAGAACAUGUCUUACAGUAGGUUGUCCUGUGUUUGGUCUCAAUACUUGGGUUUUUGCACUUGA